AUGCGAACUCGGUCGAGCUCAUUGUCAAAACUGCCAACUCGUCCGCAGAGAGCAGGAAUAUCAUUGGAUCGAAACAACAAUGCAAUACGAUUGGAUCGUCAACCUCGACUUAUACAUAACACUUCGAAACAUCUCAAUGAAGGAUUCUUUGGGGCCUCAGAGAACAUUUACCAUGUGGAUUCAAGAACGGCUCUGGAAAAACACUAUGAAAUUGGUGCAAUGAUUGGUCGAGGAAAUUUCUCACGUGUUUAUUUCGCUCUACGACGCAAAGAUGAGAAGAAGUGUGCGCUUAAGGAGGUUCUAAAACAGCAAUUACGCGGAAAAUGGUUCUUCAUAGAGAAUGAAGUCGAAAUUCUACAAAUGUGCUCACAUCCGAAUAUCUGCAAAAUUGUAGAUGCAUAUAAAACAAAUUCUAAGUAUCUGUUAGUAUUUGAAUACGCCCAGAAUGGCGAUCUCUUCGAGUUAAUUCGACGAGAUGGUAAACUGGAAGAGAGCGAUGCGGCUACAUUUACUUCGCAGACAGCCUCUGCACUUGCUUACUUGCACAAUCGUAAAAUUGUUCAUAGAGAUAUAAAAGCUGAAAAUUUACUGUUGUACAGCAAGAAACAGGAAUUCGGACAGCUCGGAGGACCCCGCAAGCGCUAUGGGCUACCAGUAGACAUUUGGUCGUUGGGUGUAUUGCUUCAUGUGAUGCUUGUUGGAUUCGCUCCAUUCCGAGCUAGCGAACGUGACCGUUUAUUUCGAUUGAUUACUCAGGGCAGGUUGUAUUUUGGUAUGCCUGAAUGGAGAGAAAUCUCGGAAAAAGCACGUGAACUUGUGUCUGGGAUGAUGUGUACUAAUGUUGAAAAACGUUAUACGGCUGGAGAAGUGCUUUUACAUCCAUGGAUCCGGCAAUUCGAUUCGAUCAUAUAAAUCAGUUUUUUAAUGUUCAUUACUACUCUUAACCCAUGGGUGGCGGACUUUAUGAACGAUAGCGCGCGCUUAGGCAGG